AUGAAGGGUGUAGUCUCCAUCCUAUGGCUCUUGGCCGCCAUGACCUCAGCUCAUCCCACCCCAGAUAACACGGGCGACAUUGCCGUCACUCCCGUGUCUGUCGAGGCACAACCCGCCCAGACCACCGAUGCCGUGCCCGAUGAAUGGCCCCUCAAAUGCCAGACCGACCCAUGCCACACGGCUUGCCAGGCCUGGGCGGAGCUGUGGUCUCUUGGAGGCAGCUGCAAUCGAGACCCCACCGGAUUAACCUCGUUUAGCCAAAUGUCACGAGCAACAUCGCCAUUGUUGUUACUGGCUGGGUGA